CAGCAGCAGCAGCACGGGUGAAAGCGGACUCCUGCCGUUCGGAGAUGUAAAAUAAAAUGGGCUUCCAAUAAUGAUGAACUUCUUGGAUGCAAAUAAACAUGUCCCAGAGUUUCUUAACCAUUUGUGACAGUGUCUGUUCUGUAUUCAUAGAAUUAUGACAUGCCAUGAUGCCCAGUUCUCCAGAGCAAUAAUAAACAUUGACAUGCCUUGGAUUAGUUAGUUGAUGACCUCUGUUCCUACUCACUACGAAGAUAAGUUUAUUACAUUUGGAGUGAACCAUUCAAGUGGCCUAGAAUUUUCAAGAUGACUGAUCCAAUGAUGGAUUUUUUUGAUGAUGCCAAUCUUUUUGGUGAGACCUUAGAGGAUUUGUCAGAUGAUGCCUUUGUACAACCAGGACCCGUUUCACUUGUUGAUGAAUUGAACUUGGGUGUAGAAUUUGAACCUUUGCACAUAGAUUCAUUGAACCAUGUCCAGGAUACUCAAACACCACAGAAGAUGACUGAUUUUGAGCAAUUAAAUCAGUUUGAGUCACUGAAACUUCACCAAGUUAAUCAGUCAUUCAAUAGCCCAGUUGAGAAUGUGUUAUCACCACAUUCUCAAUUUAGUUGUUCACCAGUUCACCCCCCAAAUCAGUCUAAUGGUUUGUUUCCAGAUGUAGCUGAUGGCAGUCCAAUGUGGGGCCAUCAGACUAGUGUUUCAAAUCAAAAUGGGUCUCCUUUUCACCAACAAGGACAUUCACAUUCUAUGCAGCAAAAUAAAAGCUUUGUAGCACACCCUGACUUUGCCUUAUUUCAAGUCAAUGAACAACAACAACAGUGCACAUCACUACAGUCACAGCAAAACAGUAAUAACCCAGGGCAAGAAACUUUAAGCCAAUCUAAAAACUUUAUGGAAGUUAAUAUUUCUGGUCCACAUAGAAUUCAUGUUACCCACCCAUCUCAAAUUACCAGUGCAUCAACUUCACAACAACCUCUCUCCAUGCAGCAGUUUUCUCCUACAUCAAAUGCCUCAAUGCACUUUUGUGGCAAUCACCAAGAUGGGAAUUUUAAUGGACAGUCUCCAAAUAUGACUCCUUGCUCUGUCAAUAAUUCACAACAGUUUUCUUCGCAUUAUUCCUUCUCCAGUAAUCACAUAUCUCCAAGCAGUCUUCUUCAGUCCUCUACAGCCCUUGCAUCUAGUCAUUCAACUCAUACUUUAUCUGAUUUUACUGGAAGCAAUGCCUUUAUAGCUCAGACGGGAAGCAAACAGGAAUCUACCCCGCAUAUCCUAAACUCAAAUACAUCUUUGAAUUCAAAUAAUUUUGAAAUGUUGCAUUCAACAAAUCCUCAGGGUAACUUCAGCAGCUCAAAAUUAUCUCCUGUGCACAUGAAUUUCCCAGAUCCUGUUGGUCCUGCUUCUCACAUGGGACAUUUCAAUGAUCAUGUAGAAACAAAUGGUUUUUCAUCUCUAGAAGAUAAUUUACUUCAUCAAGUAGGUUCUCAUACUGAGACAUUCACAGGACUAGAUCCAGAAGAUCUUCUUCAGGAGGGUCUCCUUCCCCAAUUUGAUGACUCAACAUUUGGGCAAGAUAGUUCAAGUCAUGUCUUAGAACAUGACCUUGAUCAACAACUUACUCCACAGCUUUUAACACAACCUCCAGAUGUGGCUCGAACGCAUUCUCACAGUCAAGUUCACUCAUGGCAUUUGUCAGUCUCUAAUCAUCAACACUUACAUGACAGAGAACAUUCAUCUUUACAACACCAGCCUCCUUCCUCUAAGAAAACUGAUGGAUCUGGGACAUAUGCUAAGUUACAGAAUACCCAGGUGAGAGCCAUGUCUGAGAAGAAGCAGAAAAGAAAGGUGGAAUCAGAAAGCAAGCAAGAAAAAGCUAAUCGUAUUAUAUCAGAAGCAAUAGCGAAAGCAAAGGAACGAGGGGAACGAAACAUUCCUCGAGUAAUGAGCCCUGAAAACUUUCCUAGUGUUUCAGCUGAAGGAAAGGAAGAAAAAAAAGGUAGAAGAAUGAAAUCUAAGCCAAAAGACAAGGAAAGCAAGAAAACAAAAACUUGUUCCUCAACCAAGUUAAAAGAGAAGACAAAAAUUGGGAAGCUCAUUAUUACAUUGGGUAAGAAGCAAAAAAGAAAGAAUGUUUCUUCAGAUGAAAUGUCUGAUGCUGAGCAGAUUCCACAGCGUCCAUUCAGAGAUGAGGAUUCUCAACUUCUUAUCCAAUGGAGAGUAGUGGCUCAAGGCUCCUGGGCUGCUGCAAGAGUUGAGAAGAGAAGAUCGAAUCGCCAAGUUAAAAGGAAAAAGUAUGCUGAAGAUGCAGAAGGAAAACAGUCAGAAGAAGAAGCAAAAGUUUCUGUGAAAAUCAAAAAAAGUUCAGCUUCUUUACCUGCUGAACAACCUUUGCAGUUAUUUGUGGAGAAUCCAAGUGAAGAAGAUGCUGCAAUUGUGGACAAAAUAUUGUCUUCUAGGAUAGUAAAGAAGGAAAUAUCACCUGGAAUGAUGAUUGAUGCAGAAGAAUUUUUUGUAAAAUACAAGAAUUACUCCUAUCUUCACUGUGAGUGGGCCACAGAACAACAACUUUUAAAAGAUAAAAGAAUACAGCAGAAAAUCAAAAGAUUCAAACUGAGACAAGCACAACGAGCACAUUUUUUUGCAGAUAUGGAAGAAGAACCUUUUAACCCUGACUACGUUGAAGUAGACAGAGUGUUAGAAGUUUCUUUUUGCGAAGAUAAGGACACGGGUGAGCCUGUAAUUUACUACUUGGUAAAAUGGUGCUCAUUGCCAUAUGAAGAUAGUACAUGGGAACUGAAAGAGGAUGUAGAUCAAGCAAAAAUAGAAGAAUUUGAACAACUGCAAGCCUCGAGGCCUGACUCUCGGCAUUUGGACCGUCCUCCUCCUAACACUUGGAAAAAAAUAGAACACUCCAGAGAAUACAAAAAUGGCAACCAGCUCAGGGAAUAUCAACUAGAAGGACUCAAUUGGCUAUUGUUUAAUUGGUACAAUAGACGAAACUGCAUUUUAGCUGAUGAAAUGGGUCUUGGCAAAACAAUUCAAUCAAUUACAUUCCUCUACGAAAUACUUCUUACCGGAAUACGGGGGCCUUUUCUGAUCAUUGCACCGCUUUCAACUAUUACAAACUGGGAGAGAGAAUUUCGCACAUGGACUGAUCUUAAUGUUGUGGUAUAUCAUGGGAGCCUGGUUAGCAGGCAGAUGAUACAGCAGUAUGAAAUGUACUUCAGGGACUCACAGGGGCGUAUUAUUAGAGGAGCAUACAGGUUCCAGGCCAUAAUCACCACUUUUGAAAUGAUUCUGGGAGGCUGUGGAGAGCUCAAUGCAAUUGAAUGGCGAUGUGUGAUUAUUGAUGAAGCGCAUAGGUUAAAGAAUAAAAAUUGCAAACUCCUAGAAGGUCUGAAACUCAUGAAUCUGGAACACAAGGUGCUUUUGACUGGUACGCCACUUCAGAAUACAGUUGAAGAACUAUUCAGUCUUCUUCAUUUCCUUGAACCCUUACGAUUUCCCUCUGAAUCAACUUUCAUGCAAGAAUUUGGGGAUCUUAAAACAGAAGAACAGGUGCAAAAGCUUCAAGCCAUUUUAAAACCAAUGAUGUUGAGAAGAUUAAAAGAAGAUGUAGAAAAGAAGUUGGCUCCUAAGGAGGAAACCAUAAUUGAAGUGGAACUUACUAAUAUUCAGAAGAAAUAUUACCGGGCUAUCUUGGAAAAGAAUUUUGCAUUUUUAUCCAAAGGAGCAGGACAGGCUAAUGUACCUAAUUUAGUUAACACUAUGAUGGAACUCAGAAAAUGCUGUAACCACCCUUAUCUUAUCAAAGGUGCUGAAGAGAAAAUACUUGGGGAAUUUAAAGAAACACAUAACCCAGCUGCUCCUGACUUUCAUCUUCAAGCAAUGAUCCAGUCUGCUGGCAAAUUGGUCCUCAUUGAUAAGCUUCUUCCAAAAAUGAAAGCAGGUGGGCAUAAAGUGCUCAUCUUCUCCCAGAUGGUGCGCUGCCUUGACAUUUUAGAGGACUAUCUUAUACAUAAGAGGUAUCUGUAUGAGCGAAUUGAUGGAAGAGUCCGAGGAAAUCUUCGACAGGCUGCCAUAGAUCGGUUUAGUAAACCUGAUUCAGACAGAUUUGUAUUUCUUUUGUGCACUCGAGCUGGUGGGCUGGGCAUUAAUUUAACUGCAGCUGAUACGUGCAUCAUUUUUGAUUCUGACUGGAAUCCUCAAAAUGACCUCCAGGCCCAAGCUCGAUGUCACAGGAUUGGUCAAAACAAAGCUGUCAAAGUCUACAGAUUAAUAACUCGUAACUCAUAUGAGAGAGAGAUGUUCGACCGGGCAAGCCUAAAAUUGGGUCUAGAUAAGGCUGUAUUACAGAGCAUGAGUGGAAGAGAAAAUAGUGUUGGUGGUAUUCAGCAACUGUCCAAAAAGGAAAUAGAAGAUCUACUUCGAAGGGGUGCAUAUGGUGCCAUUAUGGAUGAAGAAGAUGAGGGUUCUAAAUUCUGUGAAGAGGAUAUUGAUCAAAUUUUACAGCGUCGCACAAAAACAAUCACAAUUGAAUCAGAAGGAAGAGGUUCAACAUUUGCCAAGGCAAGUUUUGUGGCUUCUGGAAACCGGACUGAUAUUUCCUUAGAUGAUCCCAACUUCUGGCAGAAAUGGGCAAAGAAAGCAGAAAUUGAUAUAGAAGCCAUUAGUGGCAGAAACAGCUUAGUUAUUGACACCCCAAGGAUUAGAAAACAAACAAGACCCUUUAGUGCCACGAAAGAUGAAUUGGCCGAAUUGUCUGAAGUUGAAAGUGAAGGAGAUGAUAAGCCCAAACUCCGUAGACCAUGUGACCGUUCCAGUGGCUAUGGAAGGACAGAAUGCUUUCGAGUGGAGAAAAACCUGCUAGUUUAUGGGUGGGGUCGAUGGAGAGAGAUUCUAGCUCAUGGUCGAUUUAAAAGACAACUAAAUGAACAAGAUGUGGAGAUCAUUUGCCGAGCUCUUUUAGCAUAUUGCCUUGUUCACUACCGAGGAGAUGAGAAGAUUAAAGGUUUCAUAUGGGAUCUCAUUACCCCUACAGAGGAUGGGCAAACAAGAGAAUUGCAAAAUCAUCUGGGCCUGUCAGCGCCUGUCCCCAGGGGCCGAAAAGGGAAGAAAGUGAAAACUCAAGCAAGCACAUUUGAUAUCCAUAAAGCAGAAUGGCUUCGAAAGUAUAAUCCUGAGCAUCUGCUGCAAGAUGAAGGCUAUAAAAAACACAUAAAACAUCAUUGUAAUAAGGUUUUGCUUCGAGUGCGGAUGCUGUAUUAUUUAAAACAGGAAGUCAUUGGUAAUGAGUUCCAGAAAGUAUUUGAUGGAGUUGAAGCAAGUGACAUUGAUGUUUGGGUGCCUGAGCCAGACCAUUCUGAAGUCCCUGCUGAGUGGUGGGAUCUUGAUGCAGAUAAAUCUCUCCUUAUUGGAGUUUUUAAACAUGGCUAUGAAAAAUACAACACGAUCAGAGCAGACCCAUCACUAUGUUUUUUGGAACGAGUAGGAAAACCUGAUGAGAAAGCAGUUGCUGCUGAACAGAGAGCAAAUGAUUACAUGGAUGGGGAUGUGGAAGACCCAGAAUAUAAACCAGCUCCAGCUAUGUUUAAAGAUGACAUAGAGGAUGAUGUUUCAUCACCAGGAGAUCUUGUAAUAGCAGAUGGAGAUGGCCAAAUGAUGGAAGGAGACAGGAUUUAUUGGCCUACCCAGUCUGCGUUAACCACACGCUUGCGCCGCCUUAUAACUGCAUAUCAGCGGACUAGUAAAAAUCGACAAGCCCUGCAGAUCCAGCCAGCAUUCUCAGUACAGGCCAACGUGAUGCAGCCUCCUUAUGAAGAAGCUGCUCUUAACCCUAAAAUAGCUGCCAAAAUUGAAAAACAGCAGAGAUGGACAAGAAGAGAGGAAGCUGACUUUUAUAGAGUUGUGUCUACUUUUGGAGUGGUAUUUGAUCCUGACAGAGGACAAUUUGACUGGACAAAAUUUAGAGCCAUGGCUAGGCUUCACAAGAAAACUGAUGAUAGCUUGGAGAAGUACUUAUAUGCUUUUAUGUCCAUGUGCAGGAGAGUUUGCCAUCUUCCUUCCAAAGAAGAAUUGGUGGACCCAAGUAUUUUUAUCCAACCCAUCACAGAAGAGCGUGCUUCUAGGACUUUGUAUCGAAUUGAGCUUCUGAGGAAAGUACGAGAACAGGCUCUCCGACAUCCACAACUAUUUGAACGCUUAAAACUUUGCCUGCCAAAUCCAGAUUUGCCAGUCUGGUGGGAGUGUGGCACUCAUGAUAGAGAUUUGCUUAUUGGAGCUGCUAAGCACGGCGUUAGCAGGACAGACUAUCACAUUCUUCGUGAUCCUGAACUUUCAUUUAUGGCAGCUCAGAGGAACUACAGUCAGAGUAAAGUGACUCAUUCAAGGACUUCUACUCCACUUACACAACAGUAUCAAAUGGCGCUGUCUGCUUCCCCUCUGGCUUCUCAACCAAGGUUACUGGAUACUAAAGGGAAUGCUCUUGAGGAUACAAAAGUUAAAAGUGAAAGCCUUAAAGAGGAGCCUCAGUCUUCUGGAGAGGAAUCUGUUUCUUCUGAAGAAAUCGGAACAGGAAUAAAAUCUGAACCUUUAAGUCCAAAGAAUGGUAUUUUGCCACAAACUACUGGAGAUCCGAAGUCUGCUGGAAAGAUUGAAACAGAUAGGCGCAUGGUUGCAGCCAGGACAGAGCCUCUAACCCCAAACCCAGCUUCCAAGAAACAGCGACUGCCCAAAAGGGGGUCCGAGUCCAGUUCUGAUUCAGAUUCUGAUUCUGACAGAUCAUCUUGUUCUUCCAGAUCAUCUUCUUCCUCCUCUUCUUCUUCUUCCUCUUGUUCUCAUUCUCGGUCAGGAUCUAGUUCUUCAUCAUCUUCAUCUUGUUCUUCAGCAUCUUCUUCAUCCUCCUCUUCCUCUUCCUCUUCCUCCUCUUCUUCAUCCUCAUCAGAAGAAAGUGAUAGUGAAGAGGAAGCACAAAAGCGAGCAGAAGGCACCACUCACAUGAAAUCAUAUGAUGAGGAAAGUGUUGCAUCGCUAAGCACUAUACAAGAUGAGACCCAGGAUAGUUUCCAGAUGAACAACGGAACUCCAAAUUCUGCUUACAUCUUACAAGGUGGAUAUAUGCUGGCUGCUUCUUAUUGGCCAAAGGAUCGGGUAAUGAUCAAUCGGUUAGACAGCAUUUGUCAAACGGUCCUGAAAGGAAAGUGGCCAUCAGCCCGGAGAGGUUAUGAGGGCAGCGCAGUGGCAUCUUUCUACACAACCAAGCUUCUGGACAGUCCCGGUGCUGCUGCUGACACUGGCGAGCCCCGAGUGCCGACUCCCCCAAAUGCAGGGGUGAGAGAAGAGCGUGACCAGUCCACACAGAUGUCAAAGGUGAAGAAGCAUGUACGAGAAAAGGAGUUUACAGUGAAAAUCAAUGACGAAGGUGGUUUGAAGUUGACUUUUCAAAAGCAAGGACUUUCUCAGAAAAGACCAUUUGAAAAUGAAGAUGGUUCACUUGGACAGCAACAAUAUCUGGCACGGCUUCGGGAACUCCAGAAUGCUUCAGAGACCAGCCUAGUCAAUUUUCCAAAGUCCAUGCCAGUAUCAGGUACUUCUAGUCAGUCAGCAGUUGGUGCCAAUGGAGUGAUAUUCGAUAACCAGCCCAUAGUCAAAAAAAGGAGGGGAAGAAGGAAGAAUGUGGAAGAUGUUGACAUUCUCCUAUUAAAUAGAAAUAAACCACCUAAUCAUGUUACAGUAGGCAUUACCACCUCACAAAUUACUCCAGGGAUAAAUCCAGCACUGUCUUAUACUCAGUCUCAAGGGAUACUUGACAUAGAAAAUCCAGUUCCAGUUAUUAAUCUGAAAGAUGGAACAAGACUUGCAGGUGAUGAUGCACCCAAAAGGAAGGAUUUAGAAAAAUGGCUUAAGGAGCACCCAGGUUAUGUGGAAGAUUUAGGAGCCUUUAUUCCUAGAAUGCAGCUUCAUGAUGGAAGACCUAAGCAAAAAAGACAUCGCUGCAGAAACCCCAACAAACUAGAUGUUAAUAGUCUCACUGGAGAAGAACGUGUUCAGUUGAUUAACAGAAGAAACGCCAGAAAGGUAGGAGGAGCAUUUGCUCCUCCUUUGAAAGAUUUAUGUAGAUUUUUGAAAGAAAAUUCUGAAUAUGGAGUCGCUCCUGAAUGGGGAGAUGUUGUUAAACAGUCUGGAUUUCUUCCUGAAAGCAUGCAUGACCGUAUUCUUACUGGUCCUGUUGUACGUGAAGAAGUAAGCAGACGGGGGAGACGGCCUAAAAGUGAGAUUGCCAAGGCAACAGCAGUGGCAGCAGCUGCAACAGCAGCAAAUGUGUCUGGCAGUCCUUUGCUAGCCAAUGGAUUGCUCCCAGGUGUGGAUCUGACAACUCUUCAGGCCUUACAACAAAACCUGCAAAACCUUCAGUCACUACAAGUAACUGCAGGGUUGAUGGGGAUGCCUGCCAGCCUGUCUGGUGGAGAAGUUAAUAAAAACAUGGCUGCUAUGUUCCCAAUGCUUUUGUCAGGGAUGACAGGAUUGCCAAAUUUACUAGGCAUGGGAGGACUCCUGACAAAACCUUCAGAAUCUGUGGCAGAAGAGAAAAAGGGCAGUGACUCCAAGGAGCCAGAUGGAAGAAAAGAAAGGACAGAAAGCCAAAACUCUGACAUUGUCGGGGAAAACUCUGUAUCGAGUUCUCUUUCAACAUCCUCUUCUGCUGCAUUAAAUACUGCUGCAGCUGCCAGCCCCUUAGCUCUUAACCCAUUACUAUUGUCCAAUAUACUUUAUCCAGGGAUGCUUCUCACUCCAGGCCUUAAUCUUCAUAUCCCAGCUUUGUCCCAGUCCAAUAUUUUUGAUGUACAGAACAACAAAAACAAUGACCUAGACUCAACCAAGCCUGUAGAGGAAAAGGAGGAAGAUUCCAGGGUUAGAGAUCAGGAAGAAAAAGGGGAAACUGAACCAAGUUCUCUCAAUGAAAACAGCACAGAUGAGGGUUCAGAAAAAGCAGAUGCUUCAUCUGGAUCUGAGAGUACAUCAUCAUCAUCUGAGGAGUCAGAUUCUAGUAAUGAAGACUGACCCCAGACUCUGCACUUAAAUUAUGAACUGAUUUUGAAUUUAUUCUUUAAUUCUUCAUUGUAAAUAUCCCAGUGUUGAGUGCAUUGAUAACUUACUGACCGAACAUUUCAGUAUUUGUUUAGAAGUGCAAACUGCUUUCAGAGACAUUUUGCAUGUAAUAUUUCUUGAAAUUCUUAAGUUUUUGAACUUGUAUGUACUAUCAAAUACACAAUGGUGUAAAAUUACAACAAAAGGCAUUAUAAUUUUGUUGGGGGGUUAAUUUUAUGGAAAUUAUGCUCAAUGAGAGCUGUAUAUUUAAUAUAUUUGCAAUGAACACAGAAUACUUUAUGCACAUUAUUGAUUUAAUUUGAAUAUAGUUUUACAGCCUCCUUGACACCUAUAAUUUACAGAUCAAAACUCAGCAAUAAUUUGGGCAGCUAAUGAAUGUCAUGAAAGCUGUAGAAUCUACAUCAUCAUCCAUUGCUUUAAUUACAUGAAAAUGCUCUAGUGUUGUGAUGCACUGCUGAUGUUUCCAAUUCAGGUACAAGUGUGUUUAAAAGAAGAGAUAAGAUUCCCAAUCAGCCAGUUAUACUGGCUACCUGUUACCUCAGCUGAGUUAGUUUAGGAAGUUUACAUUCAUUUCUAAUUCUAUACUUGUUUUCAGGGUUUUUUUUAAAAGAGGAAAAAAAAAAACACACAUCCUGUAUAUCAUGUUAAUCUGGCAAAAGAAGUGACUCGUUUUGCUUAGUCAAAACUCUGAUCCCAGUGAAGGCAAGUCAGCAUAAAAAUAAUUCUAUGUCAUGUGACUUUGGGCACCCUAUAGACCUACUUAGUUUGAACAUUGCGGACUUUGGGCCUCCAGAAAUAAUCAUGUUGAGGUGCAGUAGUGUCUCUCUAGGGGUCAGAAAAAGCAAAUUUCAUGAAGUGCCACUGACAAGAACUUUCAACACUGCAUACUUCAUGUAAAAGAAAUUGUUUGUUUGCUCUGUUUGUGUAGAUUUCUAUUUGUGUUUUAUGUCAUUGAACGCUUAAGAAAUUACCAGAUAAUAUUGGUUAAGAAAAUGCAGAUAGCCUAAAUUUAUUUUGAGUUUCUAGGUUUAAUCAGACUAAACGUUGCCCAGAAUCAGUGUUGGGUUAUCAGUUCAUAUAAAAUAUGCUGAGUUGCCCAGUUUGAAAAUGCACUUUGAAUAGUAACAAAAAGAAAUACAAGUAAUACCUAUAAAACACAAAAAAGAAGCCCAAGGCUUCUAUUUAAUAGUCCUUAAAACCCUUUUCUCUAAAAAAAAAAAUCUGUCCAGUGUUUCACAUGUGAUAUGACUCUUUUCUGCUUAAGCUGCUAUUACUCUUGACAUGGUAGUGGUCCAUGUUCAUACUGAAAUCCAUUUGAACUUAAAAUUGAGUUUAGAAUCUUAUUUGAGGCCCAACAAGAGUAAAUGUUAAAAAACAACAACAACACAUAGGUACUAGUGUAAGUCAAUGAUAACAUUUGCAAAGAAUUAAAUUUUGGGGGUAACAAAUCACUCCCAGACACUUCUCACAUUAAAUGAACCCUUUUAUAUUUUGAUAAGAGUUCUGUUGUUUUGUCACAAAGUAAACUUUUAUAUUGGGUUUUACUAAGACCUUUACCAGGAAAUUAUAACUUUAUAUGUAAAAUAAUUAUCCCCAUUAUUAUAGGAGCAGUAUUACAUGUAAUUACAAAAUUGUAUAAGUUGUAUUGGGAUUGUAUUGAUUACUGUAUUUUCCCACUAUUUUAUUUUGAUUCGAUGACCCUUUAUGCAAUGUCUUAGCAAUAGUGAAUAACAUACCCGUCCAAGAGAAGUGGGUAGCAAUUCUUCAUCAUGAAAAGGAUAUAUUACAUAUUUAAUAUUUUCCCUUUGCAGUAUUGCACUUUUGUUUUACUAGAAUACACCUAUAAAAUAGCCAAAGUUUUCAAAAAGUUAUUCAACUUAGUUUGCCGAUGGAGUAUUUCAAUGCCAUCAGUUCUUCCUCUUCCCUUCAUGUUCCCUUUAUUCCCUUUACUCAUCUUCUCUACCCCACCCCCCAAAAAAAGCCCUAAAUCUUGUCACUAAAACCUAAUUUAUAUCAAAUUUAUGAGAUAAAGUAUUUUCCUAAUUAUGGUCGAGUAAGUUUGGUUAACAUCCUAGUGAUUCUCUUUCUAUGUAAUAAGGCAAUUACAGAUUUCAAAGCAUUAAGGCUAAUACUGACUUUGAAAGUAUUCUUUUGGGUUUGAAGGCAUUUUAAAUUGGUAUCAAUUGGGGAAAAGUUGUCUAGCUAUCAGCCAAACAACAUGCAAAUAUGGUUGUAUCAAGUUAAGGGUCUAAGGAAAAUUCAAUAGAAUUACACUAAUACUGAAGUUCCAGUUGAAAGGAUAUCCAAGUGUGUGUUGGUAGUUACGAAAAGAAUUAUAGCUGUUAUUGCCUUGUGUUUAUAUCCCUUGUUUCAGGCUUCAUGAUCCAAGUCUUAGUCCAGUUUUUCUUUUGGACAUUUCAAAUAUUUGCCAGUUGUGUUCUGUGUAGUCUGAAUUUGCUUUCUGUAGUUGAAAAAUGUCUUAAAAAAAGUCAUUUGUAAUUUAUUGAAUUACUUUCUAUGAUGUUCUAUAGAGCAAAUGGAAGUUUAAUUAUUUUUUAUUAAACAUAUUCUUUGACUACCC